ACUCGUGCUGGAACCCGAAGUUCAAAUCUGCUAAGACAUCUGCAGAAGGGUUUCCUUCCCUCAAUCUGUUCUCUUCCUGCAGCAGGCUACAUGUUUGGGAGGGCUAUCGUAUGUUCAGAUGCCUCAGCUGAAGCUGCAAGGUAUGGAUACACAGCAAUCGAUAGGCGAGAAGGUUUCCUUGUUCUUGCGGUUGCUUCUCUAGGGGAUGAGAUAAUCGAAGUUACGAACCCACCCGGGGAUACAAAGUCCUUAGAAGAGAGAAAGGUUGGAGUGAAAGGGAUAGGGAGGAAGAAGACUGAUGAGUCUGAGCAUUUUGUUAUUAGAUUGUAG